AUGAAGUUGGAUUCGAGACAGUUACGUUACCUGACAGCCGAGGACUGGCGUGUCCUCACGGCGGUUGAAAUGGGCAGCAAGAACCACGAACUUGUUCCUACUGUACUUAUUGCUCAAAUCGCCGGUCUGAGAGGAGGCAGUGGUGUACACAAGAGUAUCGCGACUCUCGCCAAAUCUGGACUCGUCGCAAAGAUCAAGAACGCCAAAUACGACGGGUACCGCCUGACCUACGGUGGUCUCGACUACCUCUCCCUCAACACCCUUCGCAAAUCAGACGCCGUCUUCAGUCUAGGAAACCAAAUCGGUGUCGGUAAAGAGUCGGAUAUUUUCGUCGUCGCAGAUCCUACCGGCAAACAACUCGUCCUCAAGCUCCACAGACUGGGUCGUAUCUCCUUCCGUACCGUAAAGGCAAACCGCGAUUACCUGCGCAACCGCUCCAGUGGAUCAUGGAUGUACCUGAGUCGCCUGGCAGCCACGAAGGAAUACGCCUUUAUGCAAGUCCUCAAGCGCGAAGGCUUCCCCGUCCCCGAACCCAUCGCUCAAACCAGACACACUCUCGUCAUGGAACUCAUCGACUCCUUCCCUCUCCGCUCCAUCGACAAUGUCUCCAACCCUCUCAAACUCUACGGCGAACUCAUGGAGUUGAUUGUCCGUCUCGCCAAAGUCGGCUUGAUCCACGGUGAUUUCAACGAGUUCAACUUGCUCAUCAAGGAGGAUCCCGUCACCAAAAAGUCCACACCCAUCCUCAUCGACUUCCCUCAAAUGCUUUCUACAACACACGAGAACGCCGAAUGGUACUUCAACCGUGAUGUCGACUGUAUCAAGCGUUUCUUCUCCCGUCGCUUCGGCUUCACCUCCGACGAGCCUGGACCCUUCUUCGCCGACGCAAUCAAGGACGUAGACCAAAGCAAGCGUCUGGAUAUCGAGGUUGAAGCCACCGGUUUCAGCAGAAAGAUGGCAAAGGACUUGGACAGGUUCGUCGAGGCUGUAGGCUUCCGCAACGAAGCAGAAGAGGACGAGGACCCUACCGUUGAUAACGAGGAAGACGGUCACGAGGUUGAUCAAGACUACGACGAGGACGACUCAGAGGAGGAGUCUGAGGAAGAGGAGGACGAAGAAUCGAAUUCACGAGCCGCAAAGGAAGAUCAGACAGAGGAAGAGCUCGCUGAGCAAACACACGCCGACUCCUUCGAGAACCCUCAAGUCGACGACCCCAAGCUGGCAGAAGAGCUCGGAAGCCUAGGACCCCAAGACUCUGCACCUGCUCUCACCGCUGCAAACCUUGCCAAACACCUUGAGCCCCUCAACCUACAAGAUCAACAAGACGAAUACAACGCCACGGUAGAGCAGCAGAAGAAAAAGAAAAAGGCUGCCGGCUGGUCCAUCUAA